AUGUCGUGUUCUUUCCAGUGCAUUCAAGAUCGGUUCCGGUGUGAUGAUUUCUGGCAUUGCCCAGAUGGUUUAGACGAACUCAUGUGCGACCAUCGAGGUUAUCUACAAGCAAAAAGCGGUCAACCUCCCCCUGCCCUCAUAGACAUUGAUUCUGAUGGUAAGCUGAGAGCAAUGGAGCCACUGUCAAUGACACAGAAACUUCUGUGUCCUGAAACCCAUUUCCAGUGUCCAUUAGCUGACUUUUACUGUCUGCCCGUCUAUCUUCGCUGUAAUGGUGUCUUUGACUGUCCUGGUAAACAGGACGAGACGGCGUGUGAACCCUACACUGUCCCGGCUACUACCGCUCUGCCGCUCUCGACACGUCCAGUGCCUGCCACCUGA